AGAAGAAAUGUGAGAGGGGUGCACACUUACCUCUGUGCACCAUUUGGUUAAUGCUUUUACUGUAAAUGAAGGGGGAAAUGCCAAUGGCCAUAAAGCUGCAAGUAAGUUCCAACUAUCAGAGCAGGGAGGUUAUGGCACAGGCCUUCCCAAAAAUUCAGCUCAGGUCUAGCUACUGUUAAUGUGGAAUUUGGUCAACUUAUGAGAGCGGUCUCUAUGACACAGAUGCCUGCGAAAGUAGGGGACUCGGUGACCCAGGAGCUGCCUUCCACAUCUCUUAGGCUCAGGUCAGACUGACCCUCCAUUACCAAAUCUCAAUAACAGGUCCAGAGUCCUCCACAGCUUCUUACCUGUCCCACUGAGCUGGAUGUGCUUGCAAAAGAGCAAAUGGGGAAACAGAGCAGGACCUUUGACCCCUCGCUAUCAUUAUAUUCGCUCCAUAAAUGCCGGUGUCUCAGAUGAGCAUCUACCUCAGCUUCAGCCUGAGAAAGAGAGAAGGCAGGACAGGUCUCUCAGUAUAGUGAGCAGAACUGGUACUGCAAACCAUGUUGCAAUCCAGGGUAUUGGUGAUAGCUCUGAUUCUGCUCCUCAGCACCACUCUGCCUGAAGUGCACUCAAAGUCCGUCUUUGAGAGAGACCGUCGUGACUGGCUGGUCGUCCCUGAUGCAGUUGCAUCUUAUGUCUAUGAAGCUGUGAACAAGGUGUCCCCUAGAGCGGGUCAGCUCUUGGUUGAUGCUGCCCAGACUCCAGCAGUUGUUGCAACUAGGAACUUCCUCAUAAGAGAAACAACUAAACUCAGUAUAAUGGCUGAACAGCUGAUUGAAAAAGUAAAGAACCUGUGGACAAGAGUCCGAGGCUAUUAGCCAGAAGAAGACAAGUCAGCGUCUCCUGAUGUGAAUUGGUAACACCCUGCAGUGUCCUCUUUCCUCCUGCUCCUACUACGAGCCAAGAUCAGUCGAUAAGACAGAAUCAAUGCUCCUCUUAGUGCCACUAGAGGGAACCCACCUUCAAAGACCAAAAGACGGAAGGCAUCUGCUGAAGCCUCCCCCAGAAAAAAAAAGAACACGCAACUGGGCAUAGGGAAGACAAUAAGAUUGUAGAGCUCUUCUGUAGCCAAAUCUUGAAAAUUAAUUCCUCCUGAAAGGCUUGGCCAUUGCCCCUCCAAUAAAAUAGUGUUGGUUGUUACACUUC